AUGUUAUUAGAAUGUGUCACCACGAAAACCCUUAAACCCUUUUGUUACAUAAUUCACACCGUAAACAUAAGGUCAGCAAAAGAAAUUCAACCUUCAGCAGUUGACGAGCGUGCGGUGCGUGCUGUCUUCUUUAUCGGUGAUCGGAAAGAGCGUUACGUUGUAGAGAAAUCGGUGCCCCUUCUUAACCGUAUCAUGGUUUAA